UAUUAAUUUAUCCGUGGUAAAUGUAGUAAUUGGAAAUUUGUUACUACUGUUCGCAACAAUUGUUUUAACUAGGAAAUUAAGACUACCGAAAUUCAGCAAAUACGCUCAUAAAUCUCAUUGUUAAUAUUUGAUUACUGGGAUUUAGAAGCCAUGGCUGAAUGAAGAGUACCGUAUAGCAAUUUCACAAUUUCUCAUUAGCCGACAGAAUAUUCGUGUGCAAUCAUGGCCGGCAAGAGUAAUAUGGAAUUAUUGCUACGAGAUGAAGAUAGAAUUGACCCGUUUCUGUCUAAGUGGUGGAAUCCAGUAGCUGCGUCUGUUGUUGGUGUUAUAACUGUAGUAUUUGUGAGACAUGCUCAGAGACGGCCGUUAAUAAGCGGUAUUCAGACACACAUACUGACAGGCAUAGGUUGUUUUCUUGCUGGAUAUCAUAUUGAUCAGUAUCGUAACCAGUACUUAGCAGAGAGGGAUGCUGUGUUACGCAACUAUCUGGAAAGACACCCAGAGGACUUUCCUGAGCCAGAAAGAAAGAAGUUUUCCGAGAUUCUGCAGCCAUGGAUACCAAUUCGUUGAAGAUUACACCCCUCAGUACUGUACAUAGUUCUUAAGGAAGCUUUUUUUUUUGUGUGUGUAUGGUGAAAUUUGCAUUUCUCGCCAUGCUAGUUUAUUUUAUGAGUGUAAAGAUGACAGUGUAAACUGUAGUUUAACACUGGUGUAACUUUUGCAAUAAAUGAUUUGUUGGCUGUUUGUCUCAAA